AUGACGUUCGCGGAAACGAACAGUCGGCUUGACCAAGAACGCCGUGCCAAGUUCUGUGGCGUAGCUUCCAUCCGUGUAAACGCUUUAUGCUUCGCUGGGCCGAGAUGGACGACCGAGCUGGCCCCAGAAAGGCGAAUUCUCGAGCCAUUCAAGCGCAAGUUUCGCGAGGAAAAGGGCUUUCGCGCAGACGAGCAUCGGCACCACGCGAAGGCUAUCAUAAGCCCAGAACUCUUAGACUCUUGUCUUCGCAAUGCCAAUAUAGAGGCCCAGAGGCUUCGAGAAGAGACAGAGCCUCAUGUAGAACUUGAGCUACCACCAAACACCCAGCUGCAGUGCCUGCAACAGGGCGAGAAGGCGUUGGCAGCUUGUGAGGCAUUUGAUGGUGCCCAAACCCGCUGGAUAGUAGAUCUCUAUCUAGAAGACCUCAGCGAUGACUUGAGAAGGUUGUUUCUUGAGGAGCACGACUAUCGGGAAGCGCCGAGCGAUGGAGAGUUUUAUCGCAAGAUUCGUGAAUAUCAAGGUGUUCACGGACAGAAGAAUCAAUACUUCGAGCGAUUAUGGCUUGGGCAGCUCUCAGCUCUAUCAAAGAACCGGAGGAACCUCUUUGAACAGCUGAGCCGUAAUAAGGCCUUCCUAGAAGCUUUCGACGACUUGUUAAUCGUCCCUGCUCUGUUCAGUGGCUUUAGGCUCACGGUGAUACAUCAAAUGAUGAGUUUGAGAUGUGAAGAGCCGAUCAUCGCCUACCUGCGAUGUAUAGGACAGACGUGGAGGACAAUAUGUGGGGAUGACAAGAAUAAAAUGGAGAAAAUUGAUGCAGACACGAUUCGGGCGUUGCAGGGGAUGGCCCCUGGGGCCUGUCAGUCAGACCAUUCCUCCCUUCUAGACAAGUUGAGAAGUGGCCACAUCCUUGGGGGGUUCACCGAGCAAGCGCGAGGGGAAAUGUGGUCCCAAAUUUGUACAGUGUCUAGGCACACUUUGAUCCCUUCCCUUCAUACCUUUUUCGAAGAUUUGAAGUAUCUCAAGUGUGCUACCGAUAGUCUGAGAAGGUUGCUGCAUCUAGGCCCACGAGACACUAUCGAUGGUUGUUUAGAAAGCAUGUUGACAGACGGAAGUGCGAACCAGCACCAAUGUAUAAUACAAUUCUCGGAUUCUGAGUACAAGCUUUUGCCCGGGCACGCAGCGACUCGAUUCGCUUUGGGCUGUCGUCAGCUGUGGCUGGCCGCCUUUCGCAUCUAUCAAGACCUACCAGCUGAACCACAGAAGGCACAUAUUCGAGCCAAGCCACGCAAGAAAGGGGAUGAAGUAACGCUCUUCCGCUUAGCCGAUCUCGCUUCCCGGCUUGGGUUUACAUCAGAGCCAAUAAGGAAUAUACUUCAGCAUUCACCAUCACGACAGGUUGCCCGAACAGCUCUUCUGGCCGUCAUAAAGCCGGGACGAUAUAUGUACAAGAACCUCGAGGGUGUAGUUGAUCAGAUCACGGGAGUCUUCGAAAGUGCAGAAUUAGUACCUCUAUCAGAAGCAUCCUCCAGCACUCAGACUAGCGGCCAGAACGAAGGCCCAAUAAGGUGGGGUUUACCUCACAACAUUGACCAUGAGCGGGACAGGGAGUCGCUGUUUCUCCCGAAUCUCCAUGCAGAGCUGAUGAGCCCUUUCCCGCUGAUGACGUCAAUCUUCGUACGCCGCUCCGUGUACUUUGCUUUCUUUGGUCGCGAGCUCCCGCCUGGAGUUCAACUUGAUAAUUUGCUUACAGCUACGGAUCUGACCGACACUAUCAUGGCAGAGAUAGUGCCAAGAGCAGAGCGGUCUGAGAGCGAGGAUACGGCGGGGCAGGAGGGGCAAACCAAGCUAAAUAAACUGAACAAAACAGGACAGUCCAAGCUAGAUACGCUAGACGAGGUUAUUAAAGAGCUCAAAAAACGGCAAGCCGAGCUAAGUAAACUAGAUACUUCAGUUGAAGAACGGCAUGCAGAGAUACGCGGGCUGGACAAGAAACUGAAACGGCAGGUGCGACAUCUUUUGAGUUUGCAACAGCAGAUCAAGGUGAAAGAACGCAGCUAUGUAUGGGGCAAAGGAAAAUUACGCCUCGUUGACGGAACACAGGCAAUGUCGGAGACAUCCAGCGCAGGAACGACAGUGCAACGAAAGAACCAGGACCAAAACAGCUCUAACACAUCUGGUACGGGAGUGCGCGAUGGUUUCCCCAGAAGAUCGCCACAGCGUUCAAGGCCUGUUGAAAUACGGCAGCAUAAAUCACAGCAUCUGCGUAAGAGACAAAGGAUGAGCGACUUCGAUGCUGAAACCUAA